AUGAAGACAAAAUUAAAUGCAGAUAGUGAAGAAGAAUAUGAAUCUCUUUUGAUCUUUCACCAGCAUUUCCUGGACAAUCUUAACUCAGAAGACAACGAUAAUGAAGAAACCUUAAAAUUAGAUGUUAAAAGUAACUACAAAAGAAAACAAACAUCAACAAAAGCCUUGCAACAAGAGCUGCCACCACUAUCAUCCAAUUUUGAAACACAUAUUCAUUUAAAAUCUUCACAUCAAGCAUCUGUCUGGUUGCUGUCACAUCUUGAAGUUGGUGCCUUAAAAGCACAUCUUCAGCAAAUUGACAUUGGCACAUGUAGAACUGUUCGAAAAAAUACUUCCAGAUUUCCAAAAGAAUUAAAAGACAACGGGCCUGUUACGAUGUUAUCAACAAUCUACAGUCUUGUUAGUGAAGAAUGGGAAAUAAUGAAAGAAAGAUGA